AUGCCGAGAAGAAGACAAACUAGAACAAGUAGACUAAAUGAUGAUGGAGGUGUGAAAGGACCUAGUAGUGCUCUUACGUCAUUUCUUCGAGAGCAAGGUAUUAGUGCCGAGUCAGUCAGGCUAAGAUAUGAAGAAAAUGUGAGAAGAGAACAGGAAAUGUUAGAAAGGGGGAGACAGAUUUCGGCCGAACAGAAUGAGAAUGAUCAAGAAAGUAGCACAAAUACACAAUCGGUGGAAGUUGAAUUGCCGGAAAAUGAACUUGAUUCCGAUGAGGAAGUGUUUGAAGGCGAUGAGGAUAAUGAAGAAAUUGCAAUGAUUAGAGAAAAAGCGAGACGAAAGAGAAGAAGGGCAGAAAGUGGUGAUAAUGAUGAUGAUUUUCCAAAUGGUGUUGGUGCCGAAAACGGAAACAAUAACAUCGAUGGAGAUGUGGGAAAGAACUAUUGCCUAGAGUGUGAUAAAGAGUUUAUCAUAUCUGUAUACUCGAAGAAGAUGGAAAAGUACGGAAGGGUUGGAUAUUUAUGCCCUUCGUGUACAAAAAUGGCAAUUAGGCAAGAACGAUUAGCCAGACGGAAAGAAAUAGAUGCAAGAAAAAAGAGAAAAUUGGUGGCUGCUGCUUUACUUGAUAAACAGACUUAUAGGCUUCCAACUCUACAGGAUUUCUGCAUAAAGAUCAUUACAGAUAAUAUCGAUGAUGUGAGCGUUUUGGGAGACAUUGGUUUGAGAAACAAAAAGAGGAUAAGUCGUAUAUUGGCAAAGAACAGAUCUCUCAAUAGCAAGACUAUGGAACUCUUUUUAGAUCCUUCUCUCAAAGACCUCGAGUUCUGGGAUUGCUCCAGGAUUGACAAGGGUGCCUUGGAUAGGAUACCUUCAUACUGCCCCAAGCUUGAAUCUCUAACGCUGAAUAUGUGUGGUCAGCUACAUAAAGAUAAUUUGCUUUAUUACGGACAGAAGUGCUCAAAUCUUCGGUCUUUGUCUUUAAACGGACCGUUUUUGAUCAAUAAUGCCGUUUGGCAGGAGUUUUUUGACAGUCCAGUCGGUAAGAAUUUAAAAGCUUUUCAUCUUAGGAACACUCACAGAUUUACUUCUGAUUCUCUUAUCGCUCUUCUUGAUAAUGCUGGUUCAAAUCUUGAGAAAUUGACGUUAAAUCGUCUUGAUGGAUUUGAUUCAAAGCCUGUUUAUGAUCUGCUACCAUAUUACCUUCACAACAUUAGGUAUUUAGAGAUAUCAUAUCCCCACACAAAGGAUCUUAUAGACGAUGAUAUGAUAGUGAAUCUUCUUGCCACGAAUGGCGAUCAUAUUGAGACCCUUAUAUUGGAUGGAUGCUCGGGUUUGACUGAUCAGUUCUUGAUUUCAGGAAUAAAACCAUUCUGUCCUGUUCUCACUAAGCUCUCUCUUCAGCAGUUGCCAUUAAUUACUGAUAAUGGCAUCACACAACUUUUCAGUGAUUGGUCUAUAAAUGGUGGCUUAAUGGAUCUAAACCUCACCCGGUGUUUGCAAUUGACUGAUAUGUCCUUAUAUACAGCAUUAAAUCACAGCUGCCGGACAUUGGUGGAGUUGACUUUAAAUUCCGUCAAGCUGAUAACAAAGAAACUAUUUCUGAAAUUAUCAAGGGGUACGCGCUUUCCUCUCCUUACAUCUCUGGAUAUCGGAUUUGUCAGAUCUGUGGAUGAUUCUGUUCUUGCCAUUUGGUCGAGAAUAGCACCUAAAUUGACUAUAAUGGAGGUGUAUGGUGAUAGCCGGUGCACGGACAAAGCUAUGAUCAGGCAUGAUCUUAAGGUUAUUGGUAGGGAAACGGAUACUAUUUGA